AGUCCAGCCUGAUAAGCCUCCUCUCCUUCCUGCUCUACAAACACACAUUUCCUGGUUCCUCCCUUCAGAUCUGCACUCUGCAGACGGCUGGAAGAAGCUGACAGGAACCCGUUCACUGCAGAAACACAUGAUUUGUAGAUCAGAGCUCAGACUAGUUUCAUGUUUGAGGAAGUGAAACUUAGUCUGUGUGAGCCAGAGGAGAAAUGGCGCAGCAAAGAAAUCAGUCAGAUUCAGAGAAACUCUCUUGUUCCAUCUGUCUGGAUCUCCUGAAGGAUCCGGUCUCUACUUCCUGUGGACACGACUACUGCAUGGACUGUAUUAAAACCCACUGGGAUGGAGAGGAUGGGAAGAGAAUCUACAGCUGCCCUCAGUGCAGGAAGACUUUCACACCAAGACCUGUCCUGGAGAAACACGUGCUGUUAGCAGAUUUAGUGGAGGAGCUGAAGAAGACCAGACUCCAAGCUGCUGCUGCUGAAGAUGAUGAUGAUCUCUGCUAUGCUGGACCUGGAGAUGUGUCCUGUGAUUCCUGCACUGGGAGGAAACUGAAAGCCUUCAAGUCCUGUUUAUUCUGUCUGGUCUCUUUCUGUGAGCAGCACCUCCAGCCUCACUAUCAAUCUCCUGCUUUUAAGAAACACCAGCUGGUGGAACCCUCCAAGAACCUCCAGGAGAACAUCUGCUCUCGUCAUGAUGAGGUGAUGAAAAUUUUCUGUCUCACUGAUCAGCAGUUGAUCUGUUCUCUGUGUUCCUUGGAUGAACAUAAAGGCCAUGAAAGCGUCUCAGCAGCAGCAGAAAGGAAGAAGAAGCAGAAGGAGCUGGAGGUGAGUCGACUGAACGUCCAGCAGAGAAUCCAGGACAGACAGAAAGACGUGAAGAUGCUUCAACAGGAGCUGGAGGACAUCAGAGUCUGUGCUGAUAGAACAGUGGAGGACAAUGAGAAGAUGUUCAGCGAGAUGAUCCAACUCAUCCAUAACAGACAGCGAGAUGUGGAGCAGCAGAUCAGAUCCCAGCAGAAGACUGAAGAGAGUCGAGUCAAAGAGCUUCAGGAGAAGCUGGAGCAGGAGAUCAGGGAUCUGAAGAGGAAAGAUGCUGAGCUGAAGCAGCUCUCAGAUACACCAGAUCACAGCCAGUUCCUCCACAACUACCCCUCAGUGUCAGCACUCAGUGAGUCCAAACCCUCAUCCAGCAUCGACAUCCGUAAUCUGAGACACUUUGAGGACGUGACAGCAGCUGUGAAAGAGCUCAGAGAUCAUCUACAGAACAUUCUGAGGGACACGUGGACAAACAUCUCACUGGCAAUCACUGAAGUGGAUGUUCUACUGUCAGAACCACAACCAAAGACCAGAGAUGGAUUCUUAAAAUAUUCCAGAGAAAUCACUCUGGAUCCAACCACAGCACACAGUUUUCUGUUACUAUCUGAAGGGAACAGAAAAGUAACAUUUAUGAAAGAAAACCAAAGUUAUCCUGAUCAUCCAGACAGAUUCACUGUUUGGUUUCAGGUCCUGAGUAAAGAGAGUCUGACUGGACGAUGUUACUGGGAGGUGGAGUGGAGAGGAGGACACAUUGAAGUUUCAGUCGCAAAGAAGAAUAUCUGCAGAAAAGGAAACUCAAAGGAAUGUAGAUUUGGAUGUAAUGACAAAUCUUGGUCUUUGAUUUGUUCCACCAACAGUUAUACAUUUAGGUACAACAACAUCAUCACUACCGUCUCUGGUCCUGAGUCCUCCAGAAUCGGAGUCUAUCUGGAUCACAGAGCAGGUAUUCUGUCUUUCUACAGCAUCUCUGAAACCAUGACUCUCCUCCACAGAGUCCAGACCACAUUCACUGAACCUCUACAUGCUGGAGUUUGGCUUUCAUAUGAUGUUGGAAACACUGCAGAGUUCCUGAAAGUCAAACAGUAUUUCCAGAGUCUGAGGUUCAUGUUCAGCCCUGAUUUAAGUUCACGACACACGACUGUUCAAAAGUCUGGAUCACUGAGAAAUGGCCUGAUUUUAGACAGAAAAGCAGGUUUUGUUGCAACUUCAACUCAUUUAAAGCAACUUUUACCACUUUAGAGCAACUUUAACUCAGUUAGAGAAACUUUUAUUCAUUUAAAGCAACUUUUCCUCAUUUAGAGCAACUUUUACUCAUUUAAAGCAACUUUUACCACUUUAGAGCAACUUUAACUCAUUCAGAGCAACUUUAACUAAUUUAGAGCAUCUUUAACUCAUUUACAGCAACUUUAACUCAUUCAGAGCAACUUUAACUCAUUCAGAGCAACUUUAACUCAUUCAGAGCAACUUUAACUCAUUCAGAGUAACUUUAACUCAUAUAGAACAACUGGGGGUGUUUCCAAGUCCCAUCAAUUCCCGCCUCCUGCUACAAAUUUAGGUCAUGUGAUCCAGUAUCCGUACAUAACGUCCACAUGCGUGACACACGCCUGUGCUCAGCUCAAGGUCAUUGUGUUUGUGGGUUCAUCUAUUUUAAAUGGACACAUUCUAUGUUGCUGUGAUUUCUGAUCAUCAAUAACUAAUAAAUAAAUGCUGCAUUUCUGCCAUAUGGGGGAAUGAGCAGCCUUGGAGGAGGACUGAUCUCUGAGGGCUUUUCUAGUUUUCCAAAUAUUUCCGUUUUCUCAUUUGACCUUCUCACAAACUAUUUAGCAGCUUAAAAUGUCAUGAAAAUGUAACAGUGAAGGACUUUUAACGUCCUUCUGAAUCUGCUCUUUGCUUUCCUUUGAUUUCAAUUCAUGUUUCUUCAACCUCAUGUUUAGUGAUGCAUUUAAGGAACCAGCUGAAGUGAAGGAAAAAUCAGCUUUUUCUUCAGAUGUUCACUUCGUUUCUCUUUCACAGAGAUAUGUAUGUGCAGAAUGUGUUGGAUUUGUAUUUUAUUUUGGUUUUUCUGGGGACAAAUAACAUUUUAUUGCAGUCAGUCGUCAUUCAAUAAUCUGACUUGGUGAUUUUUCAUUUUGUUGGUGUGUUUUGUUUAGUUUUUGAUUCAGCUUCAUGUCAAUCUGCAAAUAAACGACAAUAAAUGAACAAAGCCU